ACCAACUGCCUUCCUUAUCUACAAUCCAAGUUACAAUAGUUGUGUGUGUUAAACAAUGAAGGGACAUUUCUUAUUCAUCAUCAUUCUUGUCCUCCUAAGCAGGCAAGGAUGGUGUCAAGAUCAGAAUGGACAAGAUAAUGAAAGGCAGCAGCAAUACUUAUGUCCCCCCAACUUCAUCCGACUGGGUCACAGUUGUUACCACUUCAGUGUGGAAAUGACCACAUGGCACAAUGCUCACUUUGCCUGCAGAGAUCUUGCAAGUCAGCUCGCUGCACUUGAGUCACAGAGGGAAGAUGAAAAUGUUCGCACAUAUCUCGGCAAGCCUGAAUUUGCAUCCCUGAACAGGUGGGUAGGAGGCAUCUACAACUGGUCUACAAGGCAGUGGACAUGGGGCUCUUCAGCUGAGGUGAUGCCAUAUAAUGGUUUUGCCACUUCUGAGUUUCCUAGUUCAUCUCGUUGGCACUGUGUUUAUCUGUCACCAGACAUUAGCUAUCGCUGGAACCAUGCACUAUGCACCUCCUUUAUGCAUUACAUCUGUGAAACUCACCAGAUCAGAGUUCUUGAUCCCAAUGAAAUUAUCAUAGAAGAUCCAGGAAAUUUCUGAGAACAGUUUACUGAUUAUAAUUUCAAAUCUCUUUAGUACUGUGAGUAUAUGAGGCAACUGGUUAUGGUGCAUCUUCCUGAACAAAGACUGAUAAUUAUUUUCAUUAAAGUAUGCUGCAAAGUCACAGCAUAGUACAGUAUAGCCAAUUCCUGGGUUCAUAUACUAUAUCAAUAUGACAGAAGCAUAUUGUAUAUAUCCCCAUGUUGCUAUAAUAUAUACAAAUAAACAUAUGAGAAUAAA